AAUUCAAAAUGUCAAAAUAAAUAAUAAUUUGAAAACUAUAAAUUUAUUUUGUGAAACCACCAUUAUUGAAUGAAUACCGUCAUUCUAUUACAAUAUUGGCUUCAAAUAUAAUACAACAUAUCCAUGACCUGUCAACUCCUAUGGUUUUUGUUAAGUACUUAAAAGUUAAUAAUUGAUAUCCAAAAAUAAAAACAUAAGAUUAAGUUGCAAUGAUUCUUCCGAGAGUAUUUCUCAAUUCUAUAAAAAGAAGCAUACAUUCAUCUAAACACAAGCACCCCUUCACAAGGACAUGGGAAACUUUAUUUAGCGAGGCAAAGUCAGGGUUUCGCUUAAAAGACCCUCUUUAUCCUGAACAUGCGGAUGUUGUUAUUGUUGGGGGUGGAUAUAUCGGAGCUUCGUCAGCCUAUUGGCUCAAAACCAGAGCGGGUGAAGGAUUAUCUGUAGUAGUUUUAGAAAGAGAUCCUAUGUAUAAUAGUACUCAGCAGAUGUUAUCCCACGGCAUCCUGACACAACACUUUUCGUUGCCAGAAAACAUAUAUCUUUCACAAUUCAGUGCAGAAUUCUUUCGUAACAUAAAAGAGAAUUUAGGCAAUGAUAUUAAUAUAGAAUACUGUCCAGUAGGACAAUUACUUCUAGCUAGUGACAGAUAUACUGAAAAGUUAGAACAUAAUGUUAACAUACAGAAAGAUUAUGGCAUCAAAAAUAAGAUAAUAACAGUUGAGGAUAUUCAGAGCAGAUACCCAUGGAUUAACACAUCAGACAUCAAAUUAGGUUGUAUCGGUACUGAAUCAGAGGGUGUAUUUAAUCCAAAAGAGCUCCUUAGGGGUUACAUACAAAAAUCACAGGAAUUAGGUGCAAAUUACAUCAAAUGUGAAAUGGUGGGGUUUGAAAUGGAAGUCCAGAGAGAUGUGUUGAUGGAGGGCAUAGUUCCUGGUACAUUCCAGAAGCUCAACCGAUUAUUGUAUAAGACUGACGAUGGUGAGGUACACAGUUUGAGAUUUGCAGCCUGUAUUGUAGCUGGAGGAGCAGAUUCAGCACAUAUUGCCAAAUUUGCAAAAAUUGGUGAAUCUAAAGGCUUACUAAAAGAAAAAUUGCCAAUUCAAAAAAGAGAGUACAAUACAUUUUCUAUAGAGAAUCCAAAAAAUGAAAUGGCUUUAGGAUUAAACUCUCCAUUUGUAAUGGAUACAAGUGGUUUAUGGUUGAGAAGGAAUGGUCUGCAGAAUAGCUUGCUUUGUGGACAAAUACCUUCUAUUAAAGAUGACAGUAACCAUUCUGCUAGUGAAGUUUUUCAAGCUUCCUUAUUAAACAGAUAUCCUCAUUUCAAAGAUUCUGAGGUCAAAGAAGUGUCAACUGAGCUAACAGACUGCAACACAUAUGAUGACACUGGAAUUAUUGGUCCACAUCCAUAUCACAGCAAUUUAAUUUUAGCCACAGGAUUUGGAAGGCAAGGUGUUCAACAUAGUCCUGGAAUAGGACGAGCUGUUGCUGAACUAGUCAUUGAUUGUCACUACAAUGCUAUUGAUUUAACAAGAUUUGGAUUUGAUAGGUUACUGACAAAUGAACCACUAAUUGAAACAAAUGUUUAUUAAUAUUUAUAAUUAUAAUUUAUUUAUUAAUUAGUUGUUAGUUAAAUAAAUAAAUGUUCACAA